AUGUUGUCCCCCUUGACCUUCAUUUGGUCAAGUGAAGGGAGAUAUAAUCUUCACUUAAUUCAGGUAUUUUUUUUUUAUAUAGGAGUAGUAUUAUAUAUUUUAAUGUAAUAAUAUUGUUAGAAAGCUAAUUCCUUGGUAACUAUUUGUGUGAAAAUUGAAAAUGGUUUUUAUAAAUGCUGCUGUCAGUCCAGAUACAUUCAACCCAUUGUACAGCGCUACGGAAUCCGAUGGCGCCAAAUAAAUAAUAAAAUAAUAAUAAUACAGCAGGUUAAAAUCACUGAGUGAUACUUUUGUAUAGUUAUUUAUCAAUUCAUUGUCAAUCAUUUAAUUUGUGAUUUUCGAUAUAUUAUAACUUCAUAACUGCUGGAUGCUAUCAGAGCUAUGCUUAUUUUGUAAAGGGACCCUCCACGAACCAUAAACACAGUUUCACUUCUUACAAUGGGGAGGGGACUAGAGCACUCCUGGCACCAUAACCACUUAAGCAUACUAUAGUGUUCCAUCAAUGCUAAUUUAACAACCUAAAAUUUUUUUGCAGUUGUUAAUUGAAAAUAAACAAUGAACACACAGCUCAGCGUCUCUGUGUGUACACCCGUACAAACUGCCCCCAGGGAAUUUACCCAGGGGGUAGUGACAGAUGUCACACAAAAACUAGUGUACCGGUAUGGGACUCCAGAAAUCCCAAACGGGGCUUAACCCCAAGUAAACGAAAAAAGUUUUUUCGUGAGAUCUGGGUGCUUUACAUAGUAUAGACCAAGGUGACAUGUUUCAUUGGGGGUACUCUUGGGGGUACUCCGGGAUGUCUAUACAUAGACAGUAUGCCCUUACAUAAAAUAGUUGACUCCUUUGGAUCAUCUUUAUUUGGUUACCUUCAAUUUUAAUUUUUCUUUCGUGCGCCCCCUUGCUUCUCGCGUACCCGCCCACCUGAUUGUGAUGGGCGGGGUAAUCUUUAGUUGCAAUGGGGGAUCGCCGUACACUCUGCAUACCUAGUCACGCCCACGACGUGAUCCAGCUCGCUUUCCGUCCUGCCGGUCAGACCACGUGACCCGCGGGAUACCGGGUCACGUGCCCGGCACUAAGCCCCGCCUCCAUGUACAUCUCGUGGUCUACCACAACACGGCUGACAGGCUACACAUCAGGGAGAUUAAACACAGCUGGUCUUCCACACCUCUAGAUCUCAUUGGUCAAAGGUAUUCAUGCCUCCUGGCAUAUUUUUUAUAUUUAAGAGACUCCUAAUCAGUUUCUUGUUGGCCCCUGACGAAUGUGCUCCUCUUUAGCACCGAAACGUACGUCGGGCAUUUCUCCUCUCAUAUUAUGCAUAUGAGCACUGGGCACUGGUGGCUGUAGCACCAUGAUUAUUAUUUAAUACUUAUUUCUUUCUUUCUAUUUUCUAUGCCUGUCUAGUUAGAUUUACAGGGAGAGAGGCUUGCUUAAUUUUAAAUAUCAGUCUGCUCUUUAGACUGUUAAUACCGACUAUAUAUCACCUUCCAUCUCCCUUCUUAUCUAAAUUAGCUCUAUCUUGAGCCUCUGCUAUAUUAAUAAUUGACAUCUCCUAGUGGGUUAUAACGUUGGGGAUUUAGCCAUUUGAUACUUAUACCCUUAUAGCGUAUUAUAAUAAAGCUGACAAUUAGGGUUGAGAUAUGUUACUAGAUGGCAGAAUUAUAUCCCUACCCAAACCCCCCUUGGUUGGCAUGGAAUUCUAGUCACACCUGUAUAUACUUUAUUUGAUUAUUAUUAUAUUAUUAUUAUAUUUUUUUCUGUUUAUGGGUCUCUAGUUACAUUUAUAGUUUUGUAAGCCAGGACUUUUGGAUCACACUCUAUCGCUAUAGAUAUUUCCAGAUAUGUGGCUAGUCUCUAGGACAUAGGGAGACUGACUGCAUUGUGCAACCCUUGUUGUUACUUGAAAAUAUGCUAUAUAGAUUAGAUUAGGAUUCAUUUUAACAAUUACCUAGUGUUUACAAUUGCCAGUCAAUGACAUCUAUUAUCUAGGCAUCAAAUGGCAGCUGAAGGGCGUUUGGCUACCCAAAUUCAAUUUUUUAAGAAGAAGGUUUGCAAAGUGAUAACAUCUAUUCACAAAAGACCAAUUUAUUUAUUUCAGCCUUACUUAGAUUACCAUUCGGCUUUGGUUAGUUGUUAAAUCAAUAAAAUCUGUGUAUUAAUUCACUAAUUCGGAAAAUACAAAUAGCUAAACCACAAAUAAAUAGCAAUGAUUUAGAUGGUGUGUGACUGAAUCUUAGAAUUCAAUUAAAAUUAUCUAUUUUCCUCUUUCUCUUCUCAGGAAAAGUGAUCAACAAUUGGAGCAGCGUAAAAUCCUGCACUCCAACACCAAUGCUUACGAAGUUGUGGGAUUCUUGGGCAGCGGAACUUUUGGGCAUGUGGUAAAAUGUGUAAAGAAAGGAACUGGUGAAAAUGUAGCCGUCAAAAUCCUUAAAAACCACCCCUUUACUAAAGCACAAGUCAGAGCCGAGAUAAACAUCCUGGCUCAACUGAAUAAAGAAAGCCCAGAAGAAUUCAAUUUCGUAAAAGCAUUUGAGUUUUUCUGUUGCAAGGAUUUUUACUGCCUUGUGUUUGAAAUGAUGGAAAUGAGCCUCUUUGAAUUCAUGGUCCAACGGAAGUAUGAUCCAUUACCUGUGAAAUACAUCCGCCCCAUCGUGCAACAAGUGGGAACAGCGCUUGCAAAGCUGCAGAGUCUGAGAAUUAUCCAUACAGACUUAAAGCCUGCGAACAUUAUGAUGGUGGACACUUCCAGACACCCAUUCAAAGUCAAAGUCAUCGACUUUGGGAGUGCAAUCCACAUGAAUGGUGCUCAAUGGUCAAGUUAUUUACAAACAAGAUUUUAUAGGUGAGAGAAAUGUAUUAGCUAUAGUUUACUUUUAUGAUGAGCUUGUCAGUACUUUAAAUUCUUUACACUGACAAAAUGAAUAUAAAGUAAAAUGUUUGUUGAAUUUGGUCAAUGGAUAUGUCACUCAUGAACUCUUUGUAGAACAUAUAACAAAAGGAUUUUGACAUAUAUUAUCAUGUAUGCACAGACUGUUGUAAUAGGCUUCUUAAAGUCAUUUAAACCCAAGAGAUAUAUCAGAAUUUCAACUAAAUUCCAGAUCAGGAUCAUACCAGUAUAUGAUGUUCCAAAGUGACAUCAAGAUGGAGGUGGGCGGGUGGGUGGGCCCCAGAGGUUGUCACCAGUGAUGCAAAUUCCUCCAUUGACAAUGCCUGUAGUGGUUAAGCCUGCCCACUGAAAUGGUGUGUCACCCUGGUGUCCUUGACAGACAGACAACAGGCUGGACCCCAACAGAGAAGAUUGCUGCUGAAGUGCUCUUUGCAUGGUCGUAUUGCCCACCACACAGUGCAAGCUCAUCUAAUGAUGUGUUUAUGUUGUGCUGACUGGGGAUUGUUCCCUAGGAACACAAAUGGGACGGCAGUAAAGAACCCUAAAAUAGGCACUAUCCUGCCACAAUUUGGACAGUUGGCAGGCCUGCAACAUAUCAGUAGUUUUUCAUUAUGAUUCUUAUUUACUAAAAACAAAUCUACUUUAAAGUAUUUGCAAAUGAUUGUAGACUGUCCAUGUCUCUCAUUAUGGUGGGGGAAAUGGUAUUGAAGAACUCAUAUGACUAAAACGAUAAAUACCGGUAAAAGAGACUGCUGCUCCGAAGCAAAACAUCUAAUAGAUUUAAGCCUAUAUUUCAGUUGAUUUAUAGCUUUAAAUGUGAACUUUUUUACUAACCCUCUUGUUUCUUCGCUAUCUCCCCAUUGUAUAACUUGCAGGUCUCCAGAAAUUAUACUGGGAUUACCAUUCCGGGAAGCAAUUGACAUGUGGUCUUUGGGGUGCAUCAUGGCGGAGCUGUUCAUAGGAUUCCCAUUAUAUCCUGGAGCAACUGAAUAUGAUCAGGUGAGUUCAAAUCUACUCAAUACCUAUGUCUAAUAUUAUAUUAACAUCUCGGUCAGAAAUCAAGAAUGAAUUCACAUAGAAAAGUAUUGCGUAGGUGUCUUAUUUCUUUAACUCAUACAAGUCAAAGUGUAAUGUAAAAUAAAAUAGUCAAUUUGGCUUGAUUUUAAAUGGGUUGGAGACAAGAUGCCAAAUAAUGAAUCCUCUGGCAGAUAAAUGGAUAAACCUUCUUUGACGCAAGUGUGUCAAGCAACACAAUGUGGAGGGAAACAGGUUAUAUUAUAUAUACAUUAUAAUAACAUUGUCGGCCUUUCUUUGUAAAGUUAAAUUGAUGGUAGUUCACAUUAAUUUAGGUAAUUUUUAAAGUAUAAUUCCACAAACGUUAUUGAUCAGUUGUGAAAAUACAGUAAAUCAGACAGAGCAGAAGCUGAUUAUACGUGCGUUACAGUUUUAAUGGAAGCUGCCAGAACUUUAAUGAAGAGUUGUGAUCUAUUGCUUCCUCUCUGCAGAUCCGCUACAUCACCGAGACCCAGGGUAUGCCACCAGAAAUUAUGCUCAACCAUGGAAUGAAGACCAAGUCUUACUUUACCAGUGAUAGUGGUUCCGUGAACUUACCAUGGAGAUUGAAGGUGCAACCUUAAAUAUCAACCUUUUUUACAGAAACAAAUAUAUAUACAUUGAACCCAUUCAGGACAAAAGGAUUAAGCAAAUCCUAUAGUAAAACCACAGCUCUAGCAUGGUGUCUGCUUUGUGUUUAGAGAAACACACCAGGGAUGUUAUAUUAUUCAUUUUGUUAAACCAAAUGAAGCUUCACCCACUAAUAUUCUGUAAUUUUGGAAGUUUAGAUAUGAUAACGCUUAGAUCCUCCAAUUUUCCUGUUCCUCCAAUUUUAACUGAUCAUGUUCCUGCAAUUUUAACUACUAUACCCGUUUCUCGGUCAGCUUUUCACCCAAUUUAAGAGUAAACUUUUAAACGAUUAAGUUAAAAAAGUUAAUUGUUAAUGGAAAGCUGAUGCGUAAGGUAUUGUCAAGAAAUGUUUAUUGGUUUCAUACUUCCAUGACCUGGAAAUUCAUUGUGUUACUAAAAAAUGUUAAAUCAGGUGAGUUUUUCAUUCUCAAACCUAAUGGAGAAUUUUGUUUUACUUCUUCUUUAGACACCCGAACAGUACACACAUGAGACUGGUAUUCAAUCAAAGGAAACCAGAUUAUAUAUCUUCAGCUGUCUUAAGAACAUGAUGCAGGUACAACAGUCUUGGGCCACACAAUCGCCCAAAAACAAAAGAAUACAUCGCAACUUCCGCUAACCCAUGUUCUAUGAUGAGUUUGGAUAGGCAGAAAAAUUACUUUCAAAAUGCCUGGAUUGUCAAAAUUAAUAAUGUUAAGGUUAUUAAUGUCCAUGCAGAUAUAUUACAGUUCCGAAAAUCACUUCUCUUUAGUACUUUCAUGGUUCAUGAACAAAGCUAAAUACAGAGAUAUAGUAAACAGGAUUUCGGGAAGACUCAUUAUGGUGAAUGGCCUGGUGGUCCAAUCUACAAUGACUUUUGUCAACCUAUACCUCCCCAAUAGAAAGCUCCCGAAGUUCUACCCAAAUAUACCAAGCAAUGGGAAAAGGACCUGUUCAUUUCCCUAACCACGAAAAACUGGAAAAAUGUAUUUUCCAACAUAUUCCACUCCUCCAUAUGUAAUGUUACACAUGAAGGAUCUGGAGAUUCAAACAAAUCUCCAGAUGGCACUACAUACCAACUCAGAUACACCACUUUUUCCCUAACACCUCAGCCACAUGUUAAAGGUGCAACCUAACAAAAGAUUCCCCAGGCCACAUAUGGUGGUCCUGUCCAAAGUCCAGACAUACUGAAGUAUAAUAGCCUCAUACAUCCAUGUCAUCACCAGCAUACCCAUCUCCAAAACACCUAAAACCUUUAUUUUUCUCAUUCUCCCACACCCGACCCCUAAACACGCAAGGACGCUGAUCAUCCACCUCCUCACAGCAGCUAACCUCCUCAUCCCCAUCAACUGGAAGAAGCCCGCAACCCUUUUGAUAAAAGAAUGGAUCCAAAAAGUUAAUAAUAUUAGACUCAUGGAAGAACCCAUCUACUCUUUUUUGCACUAAUAUGCCCAAUACAUGACCAUCUGGAGCCCAUGGAUGACCUUCUUUAAACAGAACCAGCCCAUAGACAUGCAUUCAGGCCCACACCACCCCCUGGACAACAGGCUAUGUUGACACCGGGAGGGGGGGUGGAAGGGAGGAGUCAUUUGUCUGACCCCGGAGGCAAAGCACCUUCACUUUUUGAUCUAGAUAGUGAUCCGGAUUGUGACUAUGUUACUCAUGAUUAUGAUUGUUAUUGUUAUGCAUGUUGUUUAUAUUACUUUGUAACAAUCAAUAUGAGGCGCUACUAUGAGAAUGAUACAUAAUUCCAUGAGUAACAGGCCCUCUUACCAUACGAGACAAUGCAUGGGAAUGGCCCACACAGAAGCACGGGACAACAUCCAGCAACCACAUGUUGUUAAAACACCAACGGGGCUAGAAUAAUAAAAGCUCCCACAUAACACCAGUCAAUCUGAAAAGCACCUUGAUGAUACACGAGCUGUGCUCUAUUCACAGUCAAAACCCCGACAAAUGACAUAAUAGGGCAUACUCACACAGAUUGUCAUCCCAUGUCCAGAGAUACCCUGCUAUAACUUUCUCCAUGCACCCCCUAAACACUAUUAAGUAGACCAAGGCAUACUAUGACACAAUUCCACAUAUACUCUAUAUAUAGUUUUUAUCCUGACAUGAAGCCUUGUACCACUGCAAUUAAAUAAAAUAAAUUAAAACUCAUGUUGUAGGUUGCUAAGCAGGGAUAAGCCUUAAAUUAUUGAAAUGUACACAUUUAAUUUUUGUACCUAUCCUUUUUGAUUUAAUAUGUGACCAAUUUGUACCUAUGACUUGAACCAAAGAAAAAAGAAUUUCAGGGUGCAGUUGUGAUUGCCUCCCUGGGUCCCAGGUGCCCAUGGAUUUUACGUCCUGCUGUAAGAAUAUUUAACACAGUACUAUGGCAAUCAGGGCAGAACUCGGCCAUUUCCCACUAAGUUCUCCUCACACCCGAAUCUAAACACAAAAACAUAUCUAUACUGUACUGCCUAUACUCCUAUACUCCUAAUAGGGAUCAUAUGACAAUGAAAAUAUUUUAUUUUGCAUAUUGUUAUGAAUACCGACCCAACUCAAAAAUAGCAUCUUCUUAUUCAUCUUUCUUUCUUAGAUGAAUGUGCCAUCAGAGCGGCGAAGCCCUGAGAUCUUUGUGGAGAUGAGAGACAGACAUCACUGCCUGCAUCUGAUAAAGAGGAUGCUAACUAUUGAUGGGAGAGACAGGAUCACUCCCAUGGACACUCUCAGCCAUCCUUUUAUCAGCAUGGCUCAUUUCCAGCGAUUAACUUGCAGCUCAUAGUACGUUAUUUUCCUAUUACACUUGAGAAGUUGUUUGGGAAUGGCUCAGAGAACCUAGGAGACAUAAUGGACUUAGUGGGAUAGUUAAUAUCAAAGAUGGAGAAGAAGGAACCAUCACAUUAAUACAUAGAGAAUAGAAAGCUAAAUAUAUUCAAGAAUAUGAAGAAUUUAUAGAAAUUGUAUAGGUUACUUCCAGCAUUCUAUAAGUUAACAAUAUUCACCAUGCUGUAUGGUGCAUCUAUUCAGCCCAAAGCCUUUUAUCUACCAUUGAUGAGCUAUGACUUUGGUGUCUCACUAUAACCUUUGUAGUAUAUAUCUCCACUUAAAGCUUUACUUUCAUCACAUUCCAUUCUUUCAUCUACUUAAAACGUUUGUCAGUUCCUUUUUUUCAUAUCAUUUCAUCCCGCUGUCCUUCUCGCUCUUUUUUCAGUGUAAACUCCUGCCGUCAGACCAUGGAGAUCUGCAAACAGCGGGUGAGUAGUAAUGUAUAUUUUGCAGCAGAAUAUAGUGUACCAUAUCUCACAUAAAAAAUGGUAUACGAAACAGAAUUGCACUCACAGUUUAUAGAGCUUAGGUAGCUCUACCUGAAUGUGCAGUACAAUCCCCACUUAGGAAUAUUAGGUGUCUUCUUUAUCAAAGUGCUUCUGUGCACAGGGCCUCCAACCAGGUAUAGUGGCCCAGCCCACCCAAAUCAUCAACAAGCCAGUUAUAUUCCAAGGUUGGGGGGAUAUCAUCCUAGGCCAGUAUACCUGAUUGGAGGUCCUGCGUACAGAAGCACUUUAAUAAAGAAGAAAGAAGUUGUAAGAUGUAUGCAUGUCCAGACAUCAUGGGAGUUGGACUCCUGCAGUAGCUGAGCAUGUUAUGUCCCCCCCGCACCCCAUCCCUCCAUACAUUAAUGCUCAUUAUUCAUAAUCCUAAUUAUAACAUGAAUAGCACAGCCAUACAACAAGAAACGGCAAGAUUUAGCGUUAUCUUACUAAUCAAAUUCUCAGUGAACAAACACCAAUAUGUAUUAAUGUCAGAAGAUCAAAUUCAAGUGUUUAUUUUUCUCCCAAUUAUUAUUUUUACUCUGUAUACUAUAUUACAGCAGGAGGAAUGUCAGGUGUCCCCAGGAAUGGGGACUGAGACUCGGGACGAAGACCAUAAAAUGCCUAUGGAAGAAAAAGAAGGUACAGAGAAGCAGGAAAAAGAAUGUCAGGAGAGACUUCUGAAACUAGUGAGUGCUGACUUACAGUGGAACACACAAUACUUUCUAUGUGUGCCCCCUUAAUACACUGUACAUUCAGACACUGACUGCAUAUCACAGAGCACCCUGUGUGCACAAUUAUAGUGGCUUCUUUCCAACUCUCUCUUUAUUAGUGCUAUUUUUAUUUUGUAUGUCUCUACGUAUGAAACAGAACACACAAUAUAUCACACAUCCUUCCCAUGAAAGUUGACAAUGUUCAAGGGGCUCGUUAAAUGAAUAAAUUCUGAUACUUGUUUUUCUUUUGACGUGCUGCAUGCACAGGUCGUAACAUUGGCAGACAAGAUGGAAUUAAACACCGAAACAUCUAACAUAACAGUGGAUGACCCCCGUGGACCAUGUGAGAUUCCCUCAUCAGCACAAAUCAAGAUCGAAGUCCAGGUAAGGACGGACGCAAUGUGGCAGAGCAGGCCUUAAGGUUUGAGGUCACUAGUUAUUGACUAGAGCCAUAAAUUGUACUAAGAAAAGAUCCCAGAACCUACAUAUGGAUCAAGUGUUGUUUCUUUAGUUGAACAUAAAUAUAACGAGGGGUCACGCUUGAUGAUCUCCCCUUACCACCCCCACCAAACGUGUGAUAACUACUAGGAGUGUCCACAGCACCCGCCAGCAGACUUUGGCAAUUUCCCACAUUUUCUAAGGAGGUAAAGUCUUGUUUCCAUGCCUUUUUAGCUGAUGCAGCAAAUGAGAUUAUUUGCCCCCCAGACUGCUUUGGACAUUUUUUUUUGUAGUUUGGGGUCAUCCGUGUGUUCCAGAUUGUCAUCGAUAAAAUUAGCCCAACUGGCCUAACACAGUAAAGGAGUUUAAGCAUGCUUGGGAUAGGCAUAAGGCUAUCCUAGCUAUAAGAUAAGACUAGGGAGUAAUGAAAGUAUUUAGAAAAUUGGGCAGACUAGAUGGGCCGAAUGGUUCUUAUCUGCCGUCACAUUCUAUGUUUCUAUGUUUCUAUGUUUACUGUUGCUUUAUUUCUCUGGGCACAACCUAUAGAACAUCAAUAUGUAAGAUCUCUUGCUCUAUCUUACUAAACAACUUCUUACAAUUAUUCUUACAAUUGUCAGUUUGUAUUAAUGACAUAUGAUCAAAUUCAGAGGUUUAUUUUCCGUUCAAUUCUUAUUUUUACUCUGUAUACUAUAUUACAGCAGGAAGUGCAUCCGGUAUCACCAGGAAUGGGGACAGAGACUCAGAAUGAAGAUCACAAAACGCCUCCGGAAGUAAAAGAAGAUCCAGAGAAGCAGGAAAAAGAAUAUUGUUUGAGGAUUCAGAAAAUGGUGAGUUCUGACUUACAGUGAAACACUGUAUGUGCCAUCUUAAUACACUGUACAUUCAGACACUGACUGCAUAUCACAGAGCACCCCGUAUGUACCAAUAUAGUGGCUAUUUUCUAAAUGUCCAUUUAUCAGUGUUAUUUGCAUUUUGGAUAUCUCUCUGGUUAAAAUACAUACUAUAUCACACAUCCUUUCUAUGACAGUUGAUACAUGACAAUGAUCAAGGGACUUGGUAAAUUAAUAAAUUGCGAUUUUUUUUGUUUUUCUUUUGACGUGCAGUAUGCACAAAUUGCAACAUUAGCAAAGAAGGCUGGCCUAAGAAAGGAAAUAUCCAACCAAACAGAAGAUGAACCCCUGGGAACAUGUGAGAUCGUUCCACCAGCACAGAUUGAGAUCGUAGUCCAGGUAAGGAUUCACGCAAUGUGGCAGAUUAGACAAUAAGGUUUAGGGUGACUAGAGGCAGAGAUUUUUACAAGGGAAAUAUUUCAGGACUUUAUUAUACCAGGGAAAGAAACAGGACAAUACUCUCCCCAAUACAUAAAGAAAGAUCUUAAUUCUAUUUAAUACUAUGGAUCAUGACUUCCAGUUCUGGGGAUAGAUUACUUAUUUAGAAUUAAUAUUACUUUAAUUUGCUUACAGUUUGACCAUUGUGGAACUAAGUGUGUGUAAUGUAUCUCAUUCCCAUGUGUGUCACUGUGAUACACUAUACACAUUGUAACCACAUUCACAUAGCAUAGCACAUUGUGUUGACUUGUUAUAUCCUGUGUAUGUGCUUUCUAUUUUAUUCCUUUCUUUAUAGACAGAUCAUUGUAUAAAUACAAUGUAGGCUACACACUGUUUCUAUCAAUGGGCUCCAAAAGGAAUGCCUUCUAAUAUAUUUAUAUUUUUAUAUGAAGGACAUCGUUACUGACAUCCAAGAACAGCAAGGUCAAAUUGAAAUAUCGAACUCCGAUGAAGGUGAAAGAGUCGAGAAGAAAAAAGAAAAAAGAAAGAAAGGAUCCUGCCUGGGACGGUUGUUACGAUCCCUGUGCUGCUGCUUCGGUAGGAAAUCAAAGAAAGUGAAGGGUGAUAACGAUGAAUAAUCAGAAGCAGUCACCAACGAAGUGCAUGGACUACGCAGUACUAGCAGUGCCCCAGCUUCCAGACUUUCCUACCCAAAAUCAGACCACACUGGAAGACUGCUGAGGAAGUAUGCCAGUAGCCCGAAACAAAUGGGAACGAGGCUCGAGAAACGACCAUGCUGAACUGUUUAUCCAUCAAUGAAUGUCAUCAAUGGAAAAAUUUUCAAAAAACAUUUGGACAGACCAAACAAGCAGGAAGAAAG